UCUGUGCUCUUCCCACAGUGGAACUGGCUUUCCUCAUUGCUGUGUGGCUUCAGUUUUUGCUUCUGCCAUGAAGAUUCAGAAUCUCCUCAGAAGGAUGAAAAGGGAGAUGUGUGGGGAUGAAAUUUCUUAAAUGAAAAUCAGCAAGCACAGUGAUGGGCUGUCUCAAGAUUCUCCCCACCUUUCAUGAGUACAUGGUACAGCUCAUGGAGAAGCCUACAAGGGAGCCAGUGUUUUUACUCUAUAGCUAGGGGCUCCAUACUCACCUUGUUUCAUACAUGGCAUUUACAAGUUCAUUAACCAUUUUGGUUGAUGCAUAUUUCCAGUUCAUAUGGAGCUGGCUGUGUCUACCAUAGGCAAGUGAAUGCCCUUGACAAAGUCCUAACUCUUUAGAGGUGUCUUAUUCCAGAUUUUCAGUUAAUUGGUUGCUUUAAAAUCUUGAUCCCUUGGAAUUUCUAUUCUUUUAUACCUUUCCAGUAAAUACUUUAUUUCAAGCCAAGCUCUGGAAACUUUACUGCAUAUCAUCUAUUUCCUUAUUUGGACUUUAUUUCCCCCAUUCCUUUGAAGAUAUUUAUAAUUGUUGGAAAUCCUUUUGUUAAUUCCAUUAAUUCUGUUUUUCUUCUGGUAUCAACUGUAUGUUCUGCUCCUCUUUUUAAAAAAAGGUUUCACUUUUUUUUCUUACAUGUAUAUGUGUGUGGGUAUGUACAAGUAUGUAGGUGCACUCAGAUUCCAGAAAAGGGCAUCCGGCCCCUGGAGCUGGAGUUAUAGGUGGCUGUGCGCUGCCUGACACAGGUACUAGGAACUGAACACUGGUCCUCUGCAAAUGCAGUAUAUGCUUUUAACCACUGAGUCAUCUCUCUAACUUCAUGUUUUGGCUGAACUCAUGACUGUGAAUUAUGAGUAGUUAUCCGUCCCCACUUUUGUGUUUAUCAUGCAAAAGCAUUCUUACUUACCAACCACAACUGUCAAUAUCGGGCAGUUAACUGUCAUAUCCCAUCUCUCUGAUCCUGUGGACUCCUAUUUUCACAAGUUGUCCCACUGAUACACCUCACUCUGGGAGAGCCAUUUCAGUCAUGUGCUAUACUUGGUGGCCAUGACUCUUCUUUAGCUAGGAACUCCACUUGUUUUCCUCAGACUUUCAUAAAUGUGAUGCUUUUUAAGAUUACAAACCUGCACAGAAUACAGAUUUCUCUUUCUCUCUCUUUCUCUCUCUUUCUCUCUCUCUCUCUCUCUCUCUCUCUCUCUUUCUUUCUUUCUUUUCUUUUCUUUCUGAUAUUUGAAAGGAUUUAUUUGGGUCUGUGAUUCCAGAGGGAGAGUUCAUAAUGGAGGGAAGGACAUGACAGCAGGCACCUGGGGAAGGCAAGUAAAUGUAAUGUAGGAAGCAUCUCUCCUUGAAGAACUGACCGAUCACCGAAUUCCAUCCCUUUCUCUUGUUAGAAAACUUUACUCUCUUAAGGCCGUAGCUAUGUUAGAACAUGAGAUCUGAGUCAAGAUAGACAUAGAGUUGAAAUCCUGAUUCAUCUGUUGGAAGUGCAGACUCAGUGGCUUUGAUUAAUCUUCAUUUGCCCCACUUUUUUUUCUCCAUCUUUAUUAACUUGGGUAUUUCUUAUUUACAUUUCUAUUGUUAUUACCUUUCCCAGUUUCCAGGCAAACAUCCCCCUAGGCCCUCCCCUUCCCCUUCUAUAUGGGUGUUCCCCUCCCCAUCCUCCUCCCAUUACCACCCUCACCCCAACAAUCCCGUUCACUGGGGGUUCAGUCUUGGCAGGAACCAAGGGCUUCCCCUUCCACUGGUGCUCUAACUAGGCUAUUCAUUGCUACCUAUGAGGUUGGAGCCCAGGGUCAGUCCAUGUAUAGUCUUUGGGUAGUGGCUUAGUCCCUGGAAGCUCUGGUUGCUUGGCAUUGUUGUUCAUAUGGGGUCUCGAGCCCCUUCAAGCUCUUCCAGUUCUUUCUCUGAUUCCUUCAACGGGGGUCCCGUUCUCAGUUCAGUGGUUUAAUGAUGGCAUUCGCCUAUGUAUUUGCUGUAUUCUGGCUGUGUCUCUCAGGAGAGAUCUACAUCCAGUACCUGUCAGCCUGUACUUCUUUGCUUCAUCCAUCUUAUCUAGUGUGGUGGCUGUAUAUGGCCACAUGUGGGGCAGGCUUUGAAUGUUCCUUCUGCCUCUGUUCUAAACUUUGCCUCCCUAUUCCCUGCCAAGGGUAUUCUUGUUCCCCUUUUAAAGAAGGAGUGAAGCGUUCACAUUUUGGUCAUCCUUCUUGAGUUUCAUGUGUUCUGUGCAUCUAGGGUAAUUCAAGCAUUUGGGCUAAUAGCCACUUAUCAAUGAGUGCAUACCAUGUGUGUUUUUCUAUGAUUGGGUUACCUCACUCAGGAUGAUAUUUUCCAGUUCCAACCAUUUGCCUAUGAAUUUCAUAAAAAUCAUUGUUUUGAUAGCAGAGUAGCAUUCCAUUGUGUAGAUGUACCACAUUUUCUGUAUCCCUUCCUCUGUUGAAGGGCAUCUGGGUUCUUUCCAGUUUCUGGCUAUUAUAAAUAAUUGCCCCACUUUUUAAUUAGGAAAAUGUGCGGCACUUAUGGAGGCAUAGAGUGAACAGCAAAUGAUCAUUCCAUAUAACUUAUAGACUGUACUUCUUCACUUCUUGUACUUUCAUUCACUAUUCCAUUUUAUUUAUUUUCUUUAAGCCUAUAGAAAGCCUUAAUUAGCUGGUCAGUGGCUACAUUGGGUGUCAGGUAGACAUCUUUGAUGAGAUCACCACAAAAGACAUACUGUUCUACUUCAUUCUGUAGAUAUACAUUUUUAGUCACUCAUAAUUGAAGUGUUAAUUAACUCAGGUGAAGUGUUUCAAAUAGAAAUUACUCUUUUGGAGUAUAGGAUUCAAAAGCCAAGAUUUGGGUGUUAGGUGUCAAUAAAGGCAUGACGUGUCUCCAAGGCUACCUAGGUACUCACUGAAGGGCCUUCUUAGCUUAAAAGCAACUGACCUGUAGGAGAAAGUGUGUCUCUCAACAGCUCUGAGAGUUCAUUUUUAAGCCCUCACAUUUAGUUAGUAACCUCAAGUAGGACAGUAUAGAGGGAUGGGUUCCUGUGAGCUGACUGUACAGUGCUUUCAAGCCAGAACAUUGCGUUCACCAGUUAGAGAUAAUUUUCACCACACACAGUGCAGUUUGGUUUCCCAGUUGACUUUGAGACUUCAACAGGUUUCGAAAGGAAGUUAGAGAGUAGACUGGAAGUGGUAUGUAGUGAUGAGUAAAAGGGGGUGAUUAAAUCUGUAUUUAAAGAAGUGAUCACAUCUCUAAAUAUUAGAGGUGUUCCUAUAUACAGGUUAAAUGUUUUUUUCUUUUUUCUUCUAGUGAAUGUUUGAGUACAAAAAUGUUUAGAGCUUCCUGUCCUGGAGAAUUUCGGUUUUAGGCGAAAUUGAGAGAACUUUCUGAAGUCACAGCUACGUUAGAGCAUGAGAUUUGACUCAAGGCAGACGUAGAGUUGAAAUCCUGGUUCAGUUGUGCAGAUUCAGUGGUUUUUGAGUAAUCUAAUCCGCAUUUGCUAUAAUUGAGAUACAUCUUUCUUUUUUCAUAUGUGAUGUUAUAAAUAUGAAGUAAUUUUACCAUUGUGCAUGUUUUUGAGAUGUCUUUCUCAAGACCAGCACUGAAAUUAUCUUGAAAAAACUGAGCUGGGCUUUCCAUUCUGCACAGUCCAAAAAUUAGGAAAAGGUGACAAGGGGCUCAAGCAAUUUAAAUAUGAAUUAAUGUGUUUUCUGACAAAUCUAGUUAGUCAGUGAGGUUCCAUGCUAGGCUUACUUUUUAUUGGGCAAUGACUUCAUGAGGAUAAAUUUUUUUUUAAAGGAAAUUGUCUUCUUCUGUUUCUUAAAUGAACAUUACCUAAAAGCAGGAAAAAUUUUUCAUCUUCUCCAACAUUUUAUGAGGAAACAUUUCAAUCACCUAAAAGUUGAAUUUCACAGGAGACAUUUUUUUUCAGCCUCCAGUGACUUCCUGUGAACGUCGAUGCCUGUGUCUGGAAAUCUCUAACUGAAUGGUGACCAGUCUCGGUGCCAGGCCGCUCCAGGGUCCACCUGCGCUGCUCCUCGGUCUUCCCAGCUCACUAUUACCCAAGGGGUUUGCUUUUGGAUACUCUGGAGUCGGUCUUUGAGGCUGUGGUACCUAGCUCUCUCCCCGGGCCCUGUCUCAUCGCAACACACCUCUCCUUUUCCUAGACCCUACACGCCACGGUUUCCGCCAGCGGGCGCGGACGCGAGUGCGCGUGAGUCAAUGCAGCGCUCGCGCGCCUCAAACCUGGUCGCGCGGAAGCCAGACUCGGCCGUUACCGUCUUCGGCUGCGCUUCAGCUCCACAAGCCACGGCGACUCAGCCGUCGUAAAGCGCAACCGUGCCAACUGCUGCAAGGCGAUUUAUGACAGUCUCCGGUUCGACUUACGGCGUGUGGCCGUCCACACGCCUCCUGUCUGGAGCCUCGGCCUUCUCGCCCAGCCGAAUCCGUCUCUGUGCGCGGCUCUUUUUAGCGCGCGCCUCCAGACACUCCCUGGCGGUCAGGCUCCAGGGACCUCGGGCAUCCGCCCGCUGCCGGCUGGCUUUUCCGCCCGCCUUCCUCCCGGCGUGCACCGCGGCGCAGCCAUGUUGCUGUAGUGUUGUUUUCUUCCUGCGGAGGCGAGGGUCCGCUGCGGGCCGCGACGCGCGGGCCUCGCCUCUGCUCGCUCGCGGGCGCCGGCCCUCGCCGCUCCCCCGCCUCCCCGGCCCGCACCAGAGCAGUCGGCCCGCUAGGGACGGCUGAAGGCCGGGCCCGGGGACCACCAUGGCGGCCGCCCUGGGCGCGGGCGGAGGAGCAGGCGCUGGAGGGUGCCUGUGCGAAUGUCUGAAGAUGGAUACCUUUAAGAUUGGGCUCACUGAGGCAUAUGUAUGGAAAAUUUGGGUAGCUACUUUCUAGUCAUCCUCAACACUCAGUACCAUUUUGUCAUUCCAUCAGUCAAAUAUUCCCUUUCUCUUUUAAAUGAUGACUUUGACCAGUUUGACAAGCCUGGUGCAGAACGGUCCUGGAGAAGAAGAGCUGCUGACGAGGACUGGGACAGUGAACUUGAAGAUGACUUGCUUGGAGAAGAUUUACUGUCUGGCAAAAAGAAUCAGUCGGAUUUGUCAGAUGAAGAGCUGAAUGAUGAUCUUUUACAGAGUGAUAAUGAAGAUGAAGAAAAUUUCAGUUCUCAGGGUGUCACCAUCAGUCUGAAUACCACCUCUGGCAUAGUUACAUCAUUUGAGCUGUCUGACAACACCAAUGACCAAUCCGGAGAACAGGAAUCUGAGUAUGAACAAGGAGACGAUGAGCUAGCCUACCACAAACCUGAGGAACAAGAACUGUAUACUCAAGAGUACCCAGAGGAAGGACAGUAUGAAGGCCACGACACAGAGCUGACAGAAGACCAAAUAGAAUAUGGGGAUGAGCCGGAGGAGGAGCAGCUGUACAGUGAUGAAGUGCUGGACAUUGAAAUCAAUGAACCUUUAGAUGAGUUUACAGAUGAAGAAUACUUGCAGGCUUAUGGUGGGCAACAAGGGCUGCAAGUGCGGGAAGACUGUGAGGCUGAAGAUGACUUAGAUGAGAUUACUGAUUCCCAGGUUGCUUCUGAGACCCACGAGGGAGGAAUGGAAACCCUGGAACUCCAGAAAGACAUCAAAGAAGAAUCAGAUGAAGAAGAUGAUGAUGAUGAAGAAUCUGGACGAUUACGUUUUAAAACUGAAAGGAAAGAAGGAACAAUUAUUAGGCUUUCAGAUGUAACUAGAGAGAGAAGGAACAUUCCAGAAACUUUGGAGCUUUCUGCAGAAGCCAAAGCCGCAUUGCUUGAAUUUGAAGAAAGAGAGCGACAGCAUAAGCAGGGGCGCUACGGUUCCCGGCGGGGAGGAAGGCGAGGAGGCUCUCUGAUGUGCCGAGGAAUGGGAGACCAGAGACGGGACAACAGUGAGAGGGGAAGGAUGAAGGAGCACAGGCCUGCCCUGCUUCCUACACAGCCUCCUGUUGUGGCUCACUCUCCAAGAUUAAUCCCUCCUCCACAGCAGCAGCCUCCUCCACCACCGCCACCACCUCAGCAGCAGCCAAUCAGAAGUCUGUUCCAGCAACAGCAGCUGCAGCCUCUACUCCCCUUACAGCACCCGCAUCACCCCUCCCCACCUCAGGGAGUGCACAUGCCCCCCCAGAUUGAGACUCCAAGGAUGAUGCUGACCCCUCCCCCAGUGACUCCUCAGCAGCCCAAGAACAUCCACAUCAACCCACACUUCAAGGGGACAGUGGUAACCCCUGUUCAAGUGCCCUUGCUGCCAGUUCCAAGCCAGCCGAGGCCUGCGGUGGGACCCCAGAGGUUUCCAGGCCCUCCAGAAUUUCCACAGCACACACCUGGACCUGUUCCCAACAGUUUUAACCAGCCACCUCGACUUCCUCUCCAGGACCAGUGGAGAGCCCCACCCCCACCUCAGGAACGGGACCCUUUCUUCUUAGGAGUUUCAGGUGAACCAAGGUUCCCCAGUCAUCUUUUUUUGGAACAGCGAAGUCCUCCUCCACCACCGCCUCCUCCCACGCUCCUGAACAGCAGCCAUCCUGUCCCCACUCAGAGCCCCUUACCGUUCACUCAGCCUGGACCAGCAUUUAAUCAGCAAGGACAGCAGCCAGUGUUCCCUCGAGAGAGGCCUGUAAGACCAGCCCUGCAGCCCCCAGGCCCAGUGGGGAUCCUGCACUUUAGCCAGCCAGGGUCAGCAACUGCCAGGCCUUUCAUUCCUCCUAGACAGCCGUUUCUACCCAGCCCGGGACAGCCAUUCCUGCCUACACAUGCACAGCCUAACCUUCAGGGACCCUUGCAUCCUCCGUUGCCACCACCUCAUCAACCACAGCCCCAGCCGCAGCAGCCCCAGCAGCAGCCCCAGCAUCACCAGCAUCAGCCACCCCUUCAACCUCCCCUUCAGCCUCCACACCAGCCUCCCCCACAGCAUCAGCCUCCCCCUCAGCAUCAGCCACAGCAACACCAGCAUCACCACCACCUUUCUGCUCCUCCCCCUCCUCUGAUGCCCAUGUCUCAGCCACAGUUCAGGCCUCAUGUACAGACUGCCCAGCCUCAGUCCAACAGCAGUCGGAUGCAGUGUACUCCACGUCAGGGGCUCCGGCAUAACACAGCAUCUCAGAAUAUAAGCAAACGGCCCAUGCAGCAGAUGCAACCCACUGCUCCCAGAAACAGUAAUCUUCGUGAACUCCCCAUAGCACCUUCACAUGUUUUGGAAAUGAGUGGUAAUCGCUGCUCCUCCACACCUGCAGCUCAGGUGAAGUCCAUUGCCAACACAUCCCCACCUUGUAGGGCUGUGGUGGCUUCCAGGAGCUCACAGGGAAAGACUGAUGCAAAAGCCAAACCACUUAGUCCUGGGGCUCAACCUAAGGAAGAAGCAAAAGCAGAAGCAGAGUUUCCUGAUGAAGAUGAAGAGACAAGGUUAUAUCGCUUAAAGAUAGAGGAGCAGAAGCGACUGAGAGAAGAAAUCCUAAAGCAGAAGGAGCUACGAAGGCAGCAGCAGGCUGGUGCCAGAAAGAAGGAGUUACUGGAAAGACUUGCACAGCAGCAACAGCAGCAGCAACAACAACAGCAGCAGCAGCAGCAGCAAAUCUAUGGCUCUCAGACCCCCAUGGAGCAAGAGGAACUGGCAGCUACACCAUCCCCCACCAAUGGUAACCCACUGUUGCCCUUUCCAGGGACACAAUGCAGGCAGAAUGUGAAAACCAGACUUCUUGUCAAAAACCAAGAUGUCACCGCUGCUAAUGUUCAGCCCAAAGCGGUAAACUUUGUCCCGCCUGGUGCUAAUAUGCAGCAUCAAGGGCAACACUUGAGACCAUUGAAGCAUCUGCGACAGCUGCCACACAAAGUCCUCCAUGUCAAACCUAUGGAUAUGGAGGAGACCCCCCACUCCCCACAGGCAGCCAGAGUGACAUCCCUCCAGGGCCGGCCUCAGGACACCAAGCCAGGGGUGAAGAGGACUGUCAUGCACAGGGCCAACAGUGGAGGUGGUGGAGAUGGGCCACAUGUCAGCUCCAAGGUCAGGGUGAUUAAGUUGUCUGGAGGGCAGGGAGGAGAGAGCGAUGGUUUUUCUCACACAGAAGGCCAGCCCCAGCGGCUUCCACAGCCUCCGGACAUGAGACAGCAGCCUACCCGCAAGGUGACACUGACCAAGGGAGUUCCUCAGCAGCCCCAGCACCUUCCUGUGGGGCCCCACAUGUACCCGGCUAUUCCUCCAGGGAUCAAAAGCAUCCAGGGGAUUCACCCAGCCAAGAAGGCCAUCAUGCAUGGACGAGGCCGAGGAGUGGCAGGUCCCAUGGGCCGGGGACGACUAAUGCCAAAUAAGCAGAACCUUCGUGUGGUGGAAUGCAAGCCACAGCCCUGUGUGGUAUCCGUGGAAGGCCUGUCCUCAUCCACCACUGAUGUCCAGCUGAAGAGCCUGCUGAUGUCCGUGGGGCCCAUCCAGAGUUUACAGAUGCUUCCCCAGCAACGGAAAGCCAUAGCAAAGUUCAAGGAGCCAGCCCAUGCACUAGCAUUUCAGCAGAAAUUCCACAGGCACAUGAUUGAUCUGUCCCACAUAAAUGUGGCCCUGAUUGUGGAGUGAUCUUGAAUGGGAGAAAUUGACCUCAUGCUGCACACACUGUGGAAUUUCUUCAAGGAAGCUGUAGGUCGGUGCAGGAUCCCCAGAAGUGCAGGUCUCUCCGGUCUGCAGUUUGCCAACUUGUCUGCGCACCAGCCAGCCACAGGGUGAUUCCAAAAGAGAGCUGUUUAAACUGGUGGACAUGGGAUUGGAGUCUGGUGUUAGAUUGUUUUGAAUUCUGUUGUCCACAAGAACUCUGUUCUCGUGUUCUUUUGUUUCCAAGUGCUUAUAAUGCAUGUAGACCUUGUUCUUCGUGAUCCUGCUGUGCGAUUGAUUGGUCACAGAGUUUUAAAUUCAGGAAAGAAUGUUACCAGCUCAAAUUCCAAGGAUUUUUUUCCACAGCAAAGAAUAUUUGAUAAUGGUUGCACUUAUCUUCAAUACAGGCUAGGAAAGAGUUCUCAACCAGGCUUAACUGGAGUGGUCUCAGAAAGCCCUCACAGGCUCUGGUAAAACAUAGGUAAAAAUGGGUGAUUAUGAUGGACAUUCACCUGCCCUGGAAAGCCAGGGUGUGAGAUGGGUGUCUGGGAAUGGUGCCAUGGAAGUGGCAAUUCUGCUUCUUGUAAAUACCUCCAAAGUGCCACCUGUCUCAGCAGAAACUCUCAGAUGGGCACAGUGCUAGCUAGGUAAGCACAGGGCACUCCCGAGCCAGUGGCUCUGCCACCCUGCAGGAAGCCCUCUUGGCCUAGUUUCCUGGCAUAGGUUGAGGCACAGCUUGGAGGGUGGUCAGACCUGCUUGGGCUUCUCUGCUUUUUAAAUGGCCUAGCUCUGUGGCCUGUGCUGUCAUUGCUUUGAUUGCCUCACUUUCCUUCGGGGCUCUGAGUUUCCUUCGGGUUGCCCUUCUAUCACAUGUGCGAGGGAUGGAUUUCUCAGCCGGACUAAUGCUGCCCAAGACAAGUGUAUCUGUCCACAUUAGCCAUUUUGGUUGAUUCCAACAGGUGAGACUUGCUUUCUACAAAGCAUCCCUUGGAAGUCCAUGCUGGGCAGACAUUGAACACAGUGCCUUAUUAUGUUUCCCCCAUGAACAACGCUUCAGUGUUUGGGUCAUACUCUAGAAUGGACUGACACUAGGACACACUCAGGACUUUUUAGUUGUAUUUUAUACCUGUAAUUUUAUCUCACAUAUCUUAGUAGGAUGGAGGGAAACAGAAGUCUGUUGUCAUCUACUGUCGCUGGUUAAUAAAGAAGGAGUUAGCGCAGGACUCGAAGCAGCUGGCUUCCACAGCUGAAGUUUUUCCUUUACGUUUUCAAUUAAGUUGCCAAUGUUAACAACUGGAGAAUGAUAUUUCCAGGCCCCAAGAAACUUUGCAUAGGAUUGAUUCUAAGAUGACACCAUGUGCUGGCAAGGAGUACUGGGGGACGACACAGUUGUUGUUUGAGUUUCAGGCAGUUGAGCUGAGGCAUUCAUAGGCCGUCUUAGAAGACCUUGUGGUAUGGUGCCACCUCUGACCACAAAGCAUCUGCCUCAUCCCUGCUUGGUGCACGAAGGGCCAGCCCUGCAGGGGCUGUAUCCAGCUCGGCCCUAGCCCAUCCUAGUGCUUUGCCCACUGUCAGUCCCACUCAUUUCACUUGGACACAGGAAAUGUUGAUAGAUAUUUCGUUAAAUUGGUGAGUUUGGUAAUAUGUUAGCUCUUGUUGGACAAGAUAGACGCCAUGUAAGGGGUUGAGGGUUAGGACACAGUAAAAUGAAUUACAAUAAUUUCACUGCUUUUUCAAAUAGUUUUGAGUGCUGGGCCUUUAAAACCCAAUUAUGCAUUUUUGUCGGAAAAGUAGGCACUGAAGCAUUGAAGUCAGGUAAGGAAACAUCCUCAUCGAUACCACUGUUCACCGAGGGUCUCAGGGCCACUUUGAGUGUGAUGAGAUACCCAGGAGCUUGUGUGUCCUUAACUGUCUGCACACAUGAGCUAGUUCUUUCUUAUUGCAGUGUCCUGUGAGACCGGCUCCAAGCACUGUUUAGAACAACUGCUCACUCUGACCUUGCUAUACAUCCACUUAAAGUGGAUCGUCAGACCUGGCAAGCCAGUCCUUAAGGCUUAGCUUCUGUGAAGGAAAGCACAGAAAGUGAAAGAAGCAGAAUUAGAAAGAGCGCUCCCCACUUGCAGUGCCCUUCUCACAGUGAAUUCAGACGAGGAAGAUCUGCUGCAACCAUUAUCUCUGUUCUUUGUGUAUCAUGCAUUUAAAAUGAGGUGGAGACGCAUUAGCAUACUGUGUAAAUACGGACCUUUUCAGAGUAAAACGUUAAUGGAAAUGCUUUCAGCUCAAACAGCAACAUCUUAGCUAUUUGUUAGUUCUUGUUUGUUGUCUUAUCAAAGUUUAAUGGAGACACUUUCAUAAUUGUUGUUGUGUGUACAUUUGAUUUUCAUAAAGAUGGUAGUAAGUCAAUGCAUUAACCCUCAUCUGUGUAUUAUUUGUUCACAAGUUCCAGCAGGUUGAAGGAACGACUCUCACAUCUGUCCUGAGGUAGAGAGUAGGGGGAGGGGACAAGGUACUUCCCCUCUCUUCGCCUUGUUUAUUUUGUGCUGUAAUGACUGUGAGUUCACUUAGCUGCUUACCUGAACAUAAUCUUAUGUUGCCCUUGGCUUGGCCACAUUUGUUAAAUCCUUAUAUUGAUACUCUUCUUGAGGGGGAAAUCUCACCUUUUCUUUUUCAAAAGAGAUUCUGAGGCAACCCCCCACCCCACCCUGGCCCCCGCCCAAUCCAAAUAGGCAGCUUCUUGUGCAGGUCCUGUGCCCAUGGCUUGCUGUGGAGGAGUGUGGCUGGAUGGGGUGGGAGGUGGGUUUUCCAUAACCAUUUUCAUCUGGGUAGUUCUCAUGUGAUAUGCAACAGUCCAAGAUGAUUGUCUGAAUCAGGAUGGAGCUUAGGUCCUGCACCCAUUGGUCGUUCCCCACAAACCCCCACCAAGCAGCAUUCUGCCUGAAGCAGGUAGAAGGCUCUGCUGCUCAUGGAAGCUGGUAGGGAACUUAAAAGGCAUGGGAGGGAGGACUGGACAGUGAUCCAGUGGGCAAGGAGAGUUUAUAGGCUAAAAGGUCAGUGAUGUACACUUCUGUUGCGACCCCAAUGGGUGGUCCUUCACUUAGGUGUAGAGCCCCACAGAUGGGUAUGCGAGGGAAUUCUCAGGGUAACAUAAGCUAGGUGAAGGGUCUUUUGUGGAGAACUAGGCUUAAGGACUGUCCCUGUCUUCUGUCUUGGUUUUUGUUUGUUCGUCUUCUAUUUCCUUGUGGCAUUAUUAGGAAGGUGAGCUUGAUGUAGACCAUUGACUGACGCUAGUCAAAGUGUAGGUCCUUGUGACAUAAGAACACUAGCCCAAGAGGUCCAUGCAGUAGUUAAAUAUUGGUUUUGGUCAUCAUUGGGUGCUCUGAGGGUCUUCUCUGUAUCCUCUAACCCAAGACAAAAUGCACGAGUCAGGAAGCACUUCCUUGUGCCAGAGCUGUGGGCCACACUGGGGGGCUCUGUUGCUUGCUGUUCCCCUUCCUGAGAAUCGGCUUUAAUUCCUACAUCUGCUGUUGGACCCAGCUCUGGCUUUGCAUCCUUACUCUCAUGCCCAGGUGCUUCAUUACUCAGAGAGGGAGAUGAGGUCUAGGGCGUUAUACCUUGAUGUGCUCUGCAAAGAGGUAACUUACAGGACACAGGGUAGCCAAGAGCAAAACCCCUCCCCACUAGAAGCCACUAGAAGUUUAGCUCAGUUAUGGGAGAGCCUUAGACACUUGACCAAGUUUAAGGAUUCUGCAAUGACAGCUGGGGUAUUUUAAAGUUUACAAUGAAGUGUUCCUUUUAUAGUCAUAUUUAAAUAUAAACUUAGAAAGGCAUUUAGCCUCGAUUUAUUGAAUCCUAAGGAUUUCAUGUAAGGUUUUUUGCAACCUGUUUAGUUUUUGUCAUUUAAAAUGCUUAACUUCUUAGGUACACAAACCCAUGGCUUUGUGUACUAGAACCAGAGCAAUCCACUGAUUCAUAUUGGAUCCCAGGUAUACCUCCUGCUGGUGCCAGGUGUCAUAGGGACACUUGUUAGGGACCUCGCCUGACUUUCCUGGAAACUGCUGGUCGGUCAGCUGCCUCUUUCUGUCAUGUGUAGGUAGAGCGGGCUGGAAGAACAGGUACUUGCACGGAAACAGCUCUUCCUUUCUCUUUAGAUGUACAGUGGGGGAGGUUGUUAAGUGUUCUCCUCGGUUCCGUUUACUGACUUUUCAAAGGUUUGUGGGAAAUGCAGGUGAUUUAGAGAGAAACUUGUCUAGUUUUUCCUACGAGUCAACAGGCGGGAUGGACAGGUGCAUGUUGCUGUGUUUUGUGUGGGAGAGUGUAGUAUGCUCUAGGCCGCAGGACUUUUGGCUUUCUUACAUGACUUUCUGCUAAACUGCUUUUCAUUUUAAGGACACGUGCAGCGGAGGCUGGUUUGGGGACUAACACAUUUUGCAUUUGCAUUGUUGUCUUAGAGCGCACACAUUGUAGACUGAUGGUUGCACCCAGCCCACACUGACUGACCGCUGAGGAGCAGAUAACACUUGUUCUUCCCUUUUUACAGGUGUGGGAUCCUGACCUGAGCUGUGUCCUCUGUGAGGACUUCCUUCCUUGGCUUUAAUUCCCAUGUUUAAUUUUCAGGUGCAGCAGCGGUGCCACGUGCUUUCCUUUCACUGUUCUCUUCUCCCGUAUGCGGCCCACUCCCCUGCCCUGGCUGGGAUUCUGGUUCCCUCCUCGUGUUCUGCUUCUCUUCCGUCUUGUUGACACCUGAGGAGUUGUCACUGUUCCCCCAUCCAGCGAGUCUCUGUUUGCAUGUUCUUUCCCUUCACUUCUGUGGCUUCCAUACCUGCAGUGGCCACUGAUACUCACUUGAGUCAGGCUCCCUCUGGCAGGAGGGAGCAUUGUGGAUGUCUGCACCAGGGCCACAUGUGCAGUCUCUCUAACCCUUUUGCCUUGACAGGUCCUUUCCUUGGGAUUUGCUCCUCCAGAACCUGAAUGGGAGAGCUUGACCUUUUGCUUGUUAUUUUGCAGUUUGAUUCUGGGCCUAGAGAUGCUGCCAGUGCCUUUCAGCUGUGGUCUGCAUGUCAUUAACCACCCCUCUCUGUUUUUACCCCUCUACCUUUGCAGGACCCGGGGCAUGGGUCAGUGUUAGUGGUAGCGUGCUCUCAUUCGCUUGGAAGUGGUGGCCGUGUGGCCGUUAUACUGCCCUUGCUGAUAUGGCCCUCGUCGUCGUGUAAUGUGUGUGCGCCUCCCUGCUGUGCAGGCAGUUUGGAGUGCAGGCUAUGUUGCUGGGAGUGCGAUGGCUGCUUAGAAACCACGAGACACCGCCUUGCUUUCCUCUGGCCUCACUGUUUCUGCCAGUCACGUGCUUUCCCGUGUGAGUGACACUGCCGUGCUUUACCCCCGUCACCCUUUGCGUUACUGCGUGGGAACUCUUGCAGGCUAUCUAUGUGAAGAAUAACUGUGAUGUAGAUGAAAAGAAAGAAAAUGUAUUGUUGUGUGUAUCAUUUAUGUGCUUUCAGAGCAAAAAAAAAAAUGUGUUUCAGCUGUACUGUAACCAAGAAUUCUGUCAAUAAAAUAUUAGAGGUGUUCCUGGC